AUGGGUGGUAAAGACCAACCGGAUGUCACUGGAAAGGGCUUGUACGACGUUCCGAUUAUAUAUCCCGAAGUGCGUGUUGUAGCAGAUUCUACAUUCAUGGCUGGCUUCAAGUCUUACAAGUACCUGGUUAAAUACCUGAUGAUUGAAUUUAACUGCAUUAACCUACGCUAUCGUACCGCAACUCGACCAAAAAUGCGAAUUUGGUUCCGUUCGGUUGACGUAACAGUGAAAAGCAAGGAGACAUACUAUUCGUUCCGAUAUGGAAAUGUUAUCGACGGUCUAAAGUCUCUCUACAAUUUAGUUGAAUAUGUUGAUAAGCGUGAAAAGAAGUUCGGAAGGUACGACAUUGUGUUUUUCGUUACUGGGCUAGAUAUGGCUGCAGUUGAAGGUUCCAGGGUUGAAACAGCAUUACAAGGCUUCGCAUUUGUCGGAUCCGUGUGCUUGAGAACGAGAGUUGGCCUUGGAGAAGAUAAAGCUGAUACAUUUAUUGGAAUCAGAAUUAUAGCCCAUGAACUAGCGCACACUUUGGGAUGCUCACAUGAUGGCACAACUGUAGAUGCUCAUAUAAAGGGUAUCAAAGCAGAUUCAGCUCGGUGUCCCUGGGAAACAGGAUACUUGAUGAGUUACAUUGAAGAGAACGCCAACAGCAUGAAGUUUUCGUCAUGCUGCGACUACUCAAUGUCUCUGGUAGCAUGGCCUGUGACGGACCACGAAUGUAAACUGCUGGAGUUCGGCCACCCACCUAGCAAUCAUUCAUCUAGGCUCUGUGUGGUUAAGGAUGUAAGUCAAGGCUUGAUGAUCCGUGAAGACCUUGAAGCUCCUGCCAUCCAGAUGGAUGACCUCACCGAACGCCUUAACCGCACGCUCAGCGACAUGUUCUCGAUGUACGUCGCCGCCGAUCACACAAAAUGGGAUGCUAUUGUGCCUUUCGUCACCUACGCCUACAAUGCCGCCCCUCAAAGCACAAGCCGGAUCGAUAUGAGUGUGCACCUCUUUCUGCCAUAG